UUGCAUCAACAAAAUCGUUAGUUAUAUUUAAAAAAAAAAAAAAAAAAUCACUCUUCUCAAAUUCUCGCGUAGUUUUGCUUCUCUCCAUCAAUUUAGCCACCCAUUCCUCCCCGCCAUUUCUUCAUCCCCAAAUCAGGACUUCCUUUGAAACUUCCAUGGCUUCCAUUGACCUAAUUUCAGCGGGUCUUUCAGAUUUCUCCACCUCCCUUGCAGUUCCAACUUCCAUAGCUUCUUCUUCCUCAACCCAAUUGCAUUUUCAGAUACCCUUAACUUCAUUCCCUCUAUUCUCAACUCAACCACUAUGGAUCUCUUUCUUUUACCUGCCUAAUCCCACUUUGUUUCCCUCUCCUUCCCUUUAUCGUCGCAUUUGUACGACUAUUUGCAUCACUCGGAAUUUCCUCAUCGCUUUGCGUUGCUGAUUGGCGAUGAAAACCUAGAGGGAGUAUCCGUUACAUUGCCAUGGUUUUGAAUCAUCGUAAUUUUAGCUAUAUAUGCGAACUUUUAUUGGGGAAUUUUAAGCUAUAGGAAAUGCGUGUAAGGAAGAUAACCGGAUGCUGUCUAUCUCUUAUGUUGUUGUUUAUAGUCAUUGUUCUAAGUCGAUUUCCGACCAUUCGUUGUGUGGAUGAAGAUGAUUACCGUCAGAAUGGUGACUCGGCAUUGCUUUCUUCGAUCACACAGAUAGUUAAUGGUCGGCUAACGAAUAUGACACGCAUUAUGGGCAAUGACAUUGGGACAAAUUGGGCUUUCUGUGUAAAGGAUUUGGAUUCCGAUUGGAAUGGUGCGUUCAAUUAUCAGGGCAACAUUGGUUUCUUGACUUCGUGUAUUAAAAAGACGAAAGGAGAUCUUACAAAACGACUGUGUACUGCAGCUGAGCUUAGAUUCUUCUUCAGCAGUUUCAGCACGAGGGGGCCAAAUUCAGGAAUCACGUACACUUACAUAAAACCUAACAAAAACUGCAAUUUAACAUCGUGGGUUGAUGGAUGUGAACCAGGUUGGAGUUGCAGUGUUGGCAAAAACAAAAAGGUUGACCUUAAAAGUAAAGAUGUUCCUUCUAGAAGGGAAGACUGUCAAUCUUGUUGUGAGGGUUUCUUUUGUCCUCAGGGUCUUACAUGCAUGAUACCUUGCCCGUUAGGAUCUUAUUGUCCUCUUGCAGAGCUGAAUAAGACAACUGGAACAUGUGAUCCAUAUAGUUACCAGAUACCUCCUGGACAACCUAAUCAUACCUGUGGAGGAGCAGAUUUAUGGGCCGAUGUUGCAAGCAGCAGUGAAAUUUUUUGUUCUCCUGGAUCAUACUGCCCUACUACCACAAGCAGAAUUUCUUGCAGUAGUGGGCAUUACUGCAGAAUGGGUUCCACUUCUGAACAACCAUGCUUCAAGUUGGCAACCUGCAAUCCAAAUACUGCAAACCAAAAUAUACAUGCCUAUGGGAUUAUCCUCAUUGUUGCAUUGAGUACUCUGCUGCUGAUAAUUUAUAAUUGUUCUGACCAAGUUCUUACUACACGGGAAAGGAGGCAGGCAAAACGAAGGGAAGCUGCUGCAAGACAUGCUCGAGAAACAGCACAAGCUCGUGAAAGGUGGAAAUCUGCCAAAGAUAUUGCCAAGAAGCACGCAACAGGAUUGCAAGAACAAUUGUCACGGACAUUUUCUCGUAAAAAAUCAUUGAGGCAACCAGAUCAGUUGAAAGGUUUGGGUCAAUUACCACCCGUGCAUCCAGGCAGUUCAGGUGCAUCGGAGCAGCAAUCUGCCACAUCAAAAGGAAAGAAAAAGGAAAAUAACCUUACAAAAAUGUUGCAGUCCAUUGAUAGUAAUCCAAAUAGCAAUGAAGGCUUUAACUUGCAGAUUGGAGAUAAAAAUAUAAAAAAGCAUGCACCAAAAGGCAAACAAAUACAUACUCACAGUCAAAUUUUUAAAUAUGCUUAUGGUCAGCUAGAGAAGGAGAAAGCAAUGCAACAGCAAAACAAAAAUUUGACUUUCUCAGGAGUGAUUUCGAUGGCCACUGAUACUGAAAUUAAGACUAGGCCUGUGAUUGAAGUAGCUUUCAAAGAUCUUACCCUGACAUUGAAGGGGAAAAACAAGCAUCUAAUGAGAUGUGUCACAGGGAAGAUUAUGCCAGGUCGGGUUACAGCGGUCAUGGGUCCAUCAGGGGCAGGGAAGACAACAUUUCUUACCGCUUUGGCAGGGAAGUCAACUGGGUGCACUAUGACUGGUUUAAUUCUUAUAAAUGGAAAACCCGAGUCCAUUUAUUCAUAUAAGAAAAUUAUCGGUUUUGUACCACAAGAUGAUAUAGUGCAUGGAAAUUUGACGGUUGAGGAGAACCUCCGAUUUAGUGCUAGGUGCAGACUGUCGGCUGACAUGCCAAAACCUGAUAAAGUUCUUGUGGUAGAAAGAGUUAUUGAGUCCUUGGGACUACAAGCAGUGAGAGAUUCGCUUGUUGGAACAGUGGAGAAAAGAGGAAUCUCUGGAGGUCAAAGGAAACGGGUUAAUGUUGGGAUUGAAAUGGUCAUGGAACCUUCAUUAUUGAUCCUGGAUGAGCCAACCACUGGUCUAGACAGUGCAUCUUCUCAGUUACUUCUUCGUGCACUUCGGCGGGAAGCCCUUGAAGGUGUGAACAUCUGCAUGGUACUUCACCAACCUAGCUAUUCGUUGUUUAAGAUGUUUGAUGAUUUGAUACUUCUCGCCAAGGGUGGGCUUACUGCAUAUCAUGGAUCUGUAAAGAAAGUGGAAGAGUACUUUGCUGGUAUAGGGAUCACAGUGCCAGAGCGUGUUAAUCCUCCAGACCAUUUCAUUGACAUUCUUGAGGGUCUGGUGAAGCCAAAAGGAGUGACUUACGAACAGCUUCCUGUCCGGUGGAUGCUUCAUAAUGGGUAUCCAGUACCUCCUGACAUGCUGAAAUUAUGUGAUUUUGAUACAUCUGCGAGCGGUUCAACUCAAGGAAAAAAACCUGGUGAUGGAGCUGAAGAACAAUCUUUUGCUGGAGAUUUAUGGAAGGACAUGAAGUUCAAUGUUGAACUGCAGCGUGAUCAUUUACAGCAGAACUUCUUAAGCUCUAAGGAUCUAUCUAAUCGAAGAACUCCUGGUAUAGCUCGGCAGUAUAGGUAUUUUUUGGGAAGGGUGAGCAAGCAGCGACUGCGAGAAGCUAGAAUUCAGUUAGCUGAUUACUUGAUGUUAUUACUUGCUGGAGCCUGCUUAGGAACUCUUGCAAAAGUGAACGAUGAAACAUUUGGUUCCCUUGGCUAUACUUUCACCGUCAUUGCUAUUUCCCUCCUAUGCAAGAUCGCAGCACUGAGAUCAUUUUCCCUUGACAAAUUACAGUACUGGAGAGAGAGUGCAUCAGGGAUUAGCAGUCUGGCGCAUUUUCUCUCAAAAGACACACUUGACCUUUUCAAUACAAUCAUCAAACCACUGGUUUAUCUGUCUAUGUUUUAUUUCUUCAAUAAUCCAAGAUCAUCCUUUACAGAUAACUAUGUUGUUUUAGUCUGUCUGGUGUACUGUGUCACCGGAAUGGCCUAUGCACUUGCCAUCUACCUUCAACCUGCUCCUGCCCAAUUGUGGUCAGUGCUUCUUCCUGUAGUUUUGACCCUUAUUGCAAACCAAGAUAAAGAUAGUCCAAUAGUCAAAUAUUUAGGAAAUUUUUGCUACCCUAAGUGGGCACUCGAAGGCUUCGUCAUCGCAAAUGCAGAAAGGUAUUCUGGUGUAUGGCUGAUAACUCGCUGUACUUCACUGAUGGAAAAUGGGUACGAUCUUCACGACUGGCAUCUUUGUUUAGUGAUGCUCAUUUUGUUUGGCUUACUCAGCCGUGCCAUUGCUUUCUUUCUCAUGAUCACUUUCAAGAAGAAAUGAGUUUUUAGUUAGUUCUUUAAUUUCCCGAGUUUCGUUCGUAAGCAUGAAUCUCUUAUAGCAGUAGGAACUGAAGGCCAAAAUUGUAGUAGAUUUGUACAAAUUAGAUUCAAAUCUUCAACAUAGAUUAUACAGGGCAUUACUUGUUGUAGCUUAAUGCCUAUCCCUUGAAUACAGCAGCCAACUGACGUGAAAAUUCCAAAUUAUUACCAUGUAAUGUAUAGCUUUUGGUUAUGAUCAAGUUUGGGAUUCUAUUUUGGAGUUUAGGCUCGACGUCUUAUGCCAAUUUCUCUCUCAAAUAUGACUCUUUCUUGUGUGCCCAGGAUUUUUCAAUAUAGAAUAUACUUGUCUU